GGUUUAUGGCAAGCGGCAUUGUUUUGUGCGUGAUCAACCGGUCGUCCAGCGCGGAUCGUGUGCGCGGCGCCGCCGAGUAGCAGCUAGAUCGCGCACUCUCACAGCAGCGCCGAAUCUUUCUUCCUUUUUUCUAUUCCCUCUGAUCAAUCGCCGCCGCGGCGCUUAUCUUGCUAAUAAUCUCGCUUUGCGCGCCGCGGAUUCCACAUCAAGAUCGCGUGCGGUGCCGCUGUCCAGCCAAUUCAUCCAGCACUUCUCUCCCUUUUGUCCGGGCUCUCUUGGUUCGAUCGAUCAUCCAGUUCCAGGUAGAUUCCUUGUGCGAGGGCUUCCAAUGCGAGCGCCGGCCAUUCGCUAGGUACGAUAGAGAGAAGAAAUCGCGCGCACACAAGGGGGGGCCGGGCGAUGAUGGGAGUUAUCAUAAAAUUUGCAAAGCGGGUGUUCUACAGUGGAACAACGUGAAUGGUAUGGUCUGGCAAGUGGCAGUGAUAGGAUUUCUUCCAGAAUGGGGCUCGGGGGGUCUAUGGCACCGCCAGGAGCUACGAGUAGCUCGAAUUUUUUGUGACAGCGUGUGGGAACUACCUAUGUAGCUAUAGAUUUCUCGCUACUGGCAGCCGGGAAGUAGCAGUAGCAGCACAGUGGUACAGACAGGCACAGGGAAAGGAUGGUCCGUGUGAGCAGCAGCGAUGGAUGAUUCACUCCCCGACAAGCACGCCAUUCUUAAUUGCUGAUGCUGCUGCUACAGCUCCGGUGAGCAUUUCGUAAGCAUUCCAUCAGAGACCCUCGUGGAUGGAAGAAAUGGGAUGGGGCUUUCGCCAGGAAAAUUCCGGUUUUGAUGACGAUGGCAGCGAGAAGUUUGUCAUGGGGUCUCCGUGGUCGCGCGAGGUUUCCUAGAGUAGCUUCGAGGUAGUGUAGAGGGCUUUGGUGCCUGGGAAGAUGCCCUUCCCAUGGAGCAAAUCUUCGAGGAAAUCGUCGUCCAAUGCUUCCGGUAAGGAUAAGGCUGACAACAGCAAGCUUUACUCUCUCGGGAAGAAGGGUCCGCGGUUGUCAGGCGAGGAUGACGGGUCUUCGAGGGGUUCCAGGAGUAGUUAUGAUUCUUCGGCCAGGGUGGUAGCGGCGGAUGCUCCUACAUUCUCGCCUUCGUCUGCCGGAAUUCGAAGCCCGCUCUUUCCCGAGCCGCAGGCAUUCAAGGGACAGCCUCUUCCUUUGCCGGAGAGUACUACCAAGAUUCAGCUUUGCAAUGGAACUCUUCCGCUGCCGACGUAUGACCAAGUCGAGUUUAAGCACGAGGUUGCCGAAUUGGACGGGACGACUUCGGGAUAUGGUUCUGGUUCUAUCUCCAGUGGAAGCUCCACAAGCAGUGGGGAAGCAGCGGAGGCUUGGCUUGGAAGUUCCAAUCGCCAGCAAACCGAUCAAAAUGGACACGCAAACUCCUUCUCACUUCAGAAAAACCAAAACAGAGCUGGAAGAAAUCCACACCAGAAAGAGGCGGUUCCGAAGACGGUACCUCCAGGAAAUAAGACGAGCUCCGUCUCCCCAUUGCGAGCUCGUGCUGCGGCGGCAAAACAAGGCAUGCAUUUACAUCUACCGGCACGUAGCGCGCCAACCAGUCUCAUCUCCAGUCCUUCUCACAGUCCAAGACGUUUAAGUUCGUCGGAGCAACAGGCUUUGUUCCAGAACCACAGUGCUGUGACGAACUCCACAAACCAGGGACGAAACAGUCCAGAAAAAUCUCCUCUUGCAAGUCCGAUACGAGGCGGUUCGAGGAUUCAAAGUGGUGCUGUCUCUCCCCUGCACCAUUCAAGUUCCAGAGGUACAGACUCGCCUAGUGUCGGGCAUCGGCUCCCUCCGCCACCGGCAUUUACAAACUCGACAGUAAAUUCUCCAGCGUCAUCUACAUUUCCUCUCGGUUCACCGCCUGGCAUGCCUUCGCACAGUCCGAUCAGGUGGCAAAAAGGAAACCUUCUUGGUGUUGGCUCCUUUGGACGAGUGUACAAAGGCUUUAGUGAUAGUGGUACCUUUUGUGCAAUGAAAGAAGUCCUCGUUGUGGAUGAUCCUAAGUCUAUAGAAUCUGUAAAACAGCUAAUGCAGGAAAUAAAUAUGCUAAGUAGUUUAAGACAUCCUAACAUUGUUCAAUACCUUGGCUCAGAAAUGCUGGACGAUAGUUUGUAUAUUUAUUUGGAGUUCGUUUCCGGAGGCUCGAUACACAAGGUGCUCCAGGAAUAUGGUGCUUUCAAAGAGCCCGUCAUUCGUAGCUAUACGCAGCAAAUCCUAUCUGGACUCCAAUACUUGCACAGUAUGAACAAAGUUCACCGAGACAUCAAAGGUGCGAACAUUCUCGUUGACACUAAUGGUGAAGUCAAGCUAGCGGAUUUUGGAAUGGCCAAGCAUAUAUCUUCUAGUUCACUUGUGCUAUCUUUUAAAGGAAGUCCCUACUGGAUGGCUCCUGAGGUUUUCAAGAGUAAUGCGCAAAGCUAUCCAGUGGAUAUCUGGAGUCUAGGAUGUACAAUCAUUGAAAUGGCAACUGGAAAACCACCAUGGAGCCAGUACGAGGGGGUUGCAGCCAUGUUCAAGAUUGGAAACAGUAAGGAGACUCCUACAAUACCGGACACCUUAUCGCCAGUGGCGAAGGAGUUUAUCAGGUUGUGCUUACAGCGAAAUCCCGACGAUCGUCCAACAGCUUCUCAACUAUUAGAGCACCCCUUUGUCAAGUUUUUGCACGAUGAACAUCUUCCGGAUGGCCUUCCACCUCUGUCGCCAACAUUUCGCUCAGUGGUUGCGAAUUUAAGCCACGAUAGAGGGGGACAGUAUCAUCCGCGAGAUCUCAUGUCUCCUGUUAGCAGCAAUUCGGCCUACACGAGAUCAAUCUAUUCCAGCUAUGGAGGUCUCACACCAAUUAUCACGUCUGGAACUUCCACACCCCAAACCGAGGAAGCUCCAGCCGGGUUUGCGAAGGACAGAUAUACCAUGGCUUCAAGAGUGAACGGAAUGCACAUAAGAAACGAGCCAAGAUUUACGGCGACUGCUGUUUCGUCACCAGGGAGUAGAAGUCCAAGGGCUGCUCAAAGGAGCGAGUUCGUGUGGAAUCCACCGGUACAGCUCACUCCGGAUGCCAGUCCAAGGCGUAUGUCCAGCGAUAUCUUGAGUACAAACUCUAGAUUCUAUGCGAAUUCUCUUCUCGAUAACAAGUGAUAGAGCUGUAUAUGAAGAAGAUCCGGCAAAGCAAACUGGAACUUAAGCCAAAAGAUUUUACGAAGUAGAACUUUCGGUCAUCAUCUAACAGCCAUUCCCUACGCAAGUACAUCCAGAAGAGAGGAGAAAGAAAAAGAGGAAGAGAGAAACCGAUAACGAGCGAGUUUUUGGAGGAAAGGAAGGAAGAAUGUAUAUAAGCUUUCCUCAGGUAACUGGAUCCUCGAGCCUGGCAGCCACGAUAUCGUUGAUCCGUGGAUACGAAACCUUCUCGUCGAGCUGGUUCUGGGACCAGAUGAGCAUCUUGAGCAGGCUGGGAAGCUUUGGAUCCUUCUCGUGGCUCUGGCUCGUCAGGAUGGCGGCGUUCAAUUCACUCGCAGUCUUCUGGCGCUGCGAGAAGUCGAGCAAAUCUCCCACCGGGCAAUUCGAAGUGUCCUCGAACGCCAGGAGCGCCACUGUCCGCUCCAGCUCCUCGAGGAAGCUGUGGUUUUCUUCUCCACGAGGAGCUAGCUCCUCCUGUGCAAACUCCAAGGCUUCCUCGAGCUUCCCUGGAUCCAAAACGUAAGGUGUAAGACAAAGAUCUAUAAUUCUACAAGGAAAGAGAUCACUUCUAAUCUAUCACUCCUAUACACAAGGAGAGAAAUCAUUUCUAGCA